ACCAAAAGGGGGAAAGGAGAACGGGCAAAGUAAUAUGAGGGGCAGAGCAUGGCCAUUUUAUUUUACACUGCAAGCGAUGUUUUUUUCUAUCUUCUCUUUUCAUCUUUUUCUCAGGCUUGCCAUCAUUUUUCUUCUUUUUUACCAGCCGAAAAAAGAAAGAAUGGAUGUACGGAAAUGGCUCUGCACUUCUUAUCUUUCUGGAAAAGACAAUGGGUCAAUUUUUUAUUUUUAUUUUUUGGGAUGUCCACAAGGACAGUACAAGAGGAAAAAUUACGCAUCGCUCGGGAUUGCAUUCGAGUGCCAAGUUGAUUAAAAUGGCAGCAAGAGAGAAAACAUUCUAAUAUUUACGCGUUUUGGUACGGGUUUUUUCUUUUUACGUAUAAUUUAUAUUUCGUUGCAGUGUAAAAUCUGAUUAUCGUGCGUUGCAUGGCCAAACAAUAGAGUGAGAGGACAAGGAGCUCCUUGAUUCCUGCGUGCGUGCGUGCGUUUGCCGACGCCGCUGCCAACAUCGCAGCGCGCGAGUGUAUAUGAUUGUCGCCAAUCGCUGCAACAGCUGCCACACACCACGACAAGACGAGAAAUCUCGAUUUCAAAAAUAAUCACUACAAAAAAUAAUCGCUACAAGACAAAAUC